AUGACGUCCGUCUUUGACGCUGUUCUGAUGUUCGCCUGCGCCAUUAACCUGGCUAACACCGCCGUCGCACUGGCCGCGCCCUGUGAGGCGAGCCAUCGCGGCCUGAACUUGGUCCGAGAGAGCCUGAACCUGUUGUUGGAGGUCGAGUGGCGGCGACCUGAGCUCGGCGCGCCGGCGACGCUGGUGCGGAAGACGAUGCGGUGCCAUCUGGACGCCUUGGGCGACUUGGGACUAUUCCGUCUGCAGCGCUCCACCCUGCUCAGCAUCACGUCUACCAUCAUGACCUACAUGAUUGUGAUGGUCACGCCGUACUCUCGCCUCAUCAGUCAGCUUCGCAACGAUGAACGUCUGAUGAAGGAAAUGACCCUGGGGAAGCGGGUGGGCUUCUACCGCUUCUACGGUGACCUGGGCACGGGCAACUUCUCCCAGGUCAAACUGGGUGUGCACCAGCUGACCAAUGAGCGAGUAGCAGUCAAAAUUCUAAGCAAGGCCAAGUUAGACCAGAAGACCCAGAGAAUGCUGGCUCGCGAAAUAGCCAACAUGGACAAAGUUCACCAUCCAAACAUCAUCAGGCUGUACGAGGUGCUGGAGACACUCUCCAAGAUCCACCUGGUGAUGGAGCAUGCGCCUGGCGGCGAGCUCUUCCACAAGAUCACCACCGAGGGUCGGCUAUCAGAACGGCGGGCCCGGCCCCUAGUGGCACAACUGGUGUCAGCCGUUCAGCACAUGCACCUCAAUAACAUGAUCCACCGUGACAUCAAGGCCGAGAACGUGUUCUUCUCGCGGCCGGACGUCGUGAAGCUGGGCGACUUCGGCUUCAGCACGCUGGUGUGCGAGCCCGACCAGCAUCUGACCACCUUCUGCGGCUCGCCGCCGUACGCGGCGCCCGAGCUCUUCCGCGACGACUACUACACGGGCGCUGCUGUCGACGCGUGGGCACUAGGCAUCCUCAUCUUCUUCAUGGUGGCCGGCGCCAUGCCGUUCCGCGCCGGCACGGUGACGGCGCUGAAGCGGCAGAUCUUGUCGGGCGCGGUGACGAUGCCGGACAGUAAGCUCGGCCUCGAGUCGGAGGCGCUCGAGUCGCACUGGGAGCGCGGCGGCCGCAGCCCGAUCACUGGCGUCUACCGCAUCAUGAUGCACAGGCUGAUGCGUGUGGAGGCCGGCGAGCUGGUCGAGUCGGGCUCGCCGCUGCGGCUGGAGUCGCGACCGACAAGCGCCGGCCCGGCCCCGGCCCCGACCACCGACGCCGCCGACAAACGUGCCAAAUCGAAAACUCGUAUCUUGAAAAAGACAUCGUCAGAGUAUCUGGAGGCGCUGGAGCAGGUGUUGCAGCGCUUGUCGGACGGCAGCCUGAGACUGCAAAGGAAGAAGCGUCGGUUUGGCGCGUCGUCGGUCGUCUACCUGGGUCACCGCGUCGAAGCCGACGGAGUGAAGCUAGCGGCGGAUGGGACAGAGCCGCGCGAAACGCUCCAGCUGCUAAAGAACUAG